UCGCCUCUCGUUUGCACUUUGAGUCGUCAUGUAUAGAAGUUUCUCAUAAAUGCUGUGCAAGAGAUCACGAGAAAUAAUUCUUCUUUUCCUCCCCGGCCAGGUAGCAUCUAUAAUUCAGUGAGAAAGUGAACGAUUCGUAACGACCCGAGUCGAGGGGAGAGGAGAAAAGCAAAGAAGGGGAAGGAUAUUAGCCCAGGGGCUGUCCGUGUUGGAAAGGAAUCUUCGCUCUCUCUCCAGUCACACUCAAACGCUCUCAGCCACAGCCUCCCCAAGUCGCUCAGCCGCAGCCCUCUCGUCACUCUAGCACGCUCCAAGAGAGACUGGUCUGUGCCCCGAGGUAAACCAAGAGAGAGGUGCGUCACACCGCCCAGAUGCGGCGGUGGUGGUGGUGGUUAGGUGUGGUAGCGGCCGUGUGGUGCCUGGUUGAGGUCGUCGCGUCGAUACCGGCUCCGGGGUCGUACUACACCGACGAGGCAGCUGGCAGGAUUCUCCAUUACGAUGUCCAUUCCGGUGACUGCGUUCUUUUCGGGGACCGGCGCAUCGUGGACGAGAUCAUGCGCGAGCUGGCAGCGAGCGAGAGUCCCGUGGCGGUGGUAGAGGCUGCUGAGCUGACGCUGAUCUCGACCUGCUACGCGAGGGCUGCCCACGAGAAGAGAGACCACCCCCCUCGGGCGGAGAACUUUCCACAUAUCAUCUACCCUGGAACCAAAUGGUGUGGAACCGGCAACGUUGCAGACGGACUCGAUGACCUGGGUCCCCUCCGCGAAGUGGAUAUAUGUUGCCGAGACCAUGACCUCUGCCCGGAUGACCUCGAGCCCGGCCAGACACGGCACAAUAUAACCAAUGACUCCUCCUUUACCAUGACUCACUGUGACUGCAACGACAGCUUUCGGAAGUGUCUGCAGAAGGUGGGAAGUGCUGAGGCCAAGGAGGUGGGGUCUGCCUAUUUCUCGACUGGCCUUUUCCAGUGUUAUCGCUUAGCUAAGCCAGUCAUCGGAUGCAAGAAGUGGUCUGGUUUGUUGAACCAAGCCUGCCAGGAAUACGAAUUCAGCGAGGAGGGUGAACCUAAAUGGCAAGUUUUCGAUAUGAAAACCUUCGAAUAAUCGAAGAAGAAAGGGAGAAGAAGAAGAUGCAAGCAGGAACUGAAAGAGAAAAAGAAGGAAAUCAGGGUAAAGAGUCAACAGGAUAAGUGACAUGAGAAAGUCAUGAAAACAUUCAACUGGAAAUUAGAUAAAUAGGAAGUCUCUACUUUCAACAGUUUGUGUAAAAGUCAACUACCCCUGGAACUAACAAAGAUUUUUUAAAUUUAUAUAUAGUCAUUACAAAAUACAAGUAAAAAAUGCACACUCAAGUUUUCUGUACAGCACACACGUAAUGCUGUUGGAGCCGCUGCCCAUGAAACUUUCAGCCACCACUCUGCGGUUGCUUGUCUUCAAGUGUUGCCAGACUGACGAUCAUGGCUGACUUUAACCAUAUAUAAAGUAAAAACUUGAAGGUAGAGGGAUGCAGUUUGGUAUGUUUGAUGAUUGGAGGGUGGAUGACCAACAUACCAAUUUGCUGCCCCUAACCUCAGUACUUUUUAAGAUCUGAGGGCAGACAGAAAGUGUGGACGGUCAGAAAAAUAGCCAUCUGAAUAGUCUUGUUUUACAGAAAACGAAUAAAAAUGUGUACCAGAAAUGUCGCUGAUGGAUGUAACAGCUUUUAAUAAGAAUAGAAUAGAUAGAAGCACAUCUACUUAUCAUAAAGAAGAAUGUUUAUUUUAUAAUACCUAUCAACUUUUCUGGAAAUGCCUCUUUAAAAAUAAAUGUAAGGAUUCUGACCUCAGCUGUGAAAUGAUUUGUACAGAAUAUCCAGAAUGAGAGUUGAUAGAAUCCACUUGUUUUACCUCAAUAGUGGGUAUUGGGAAAUAAAAAAAAAAACAUUAAAUAAUUAUGACAUACAUAGAAGUGUGUGAAAAGUGCAAAUACAGAAGAUGUAAUGCUGAAGAUCCACUUUUACCUUCAGUGUAAAUAAACAAAUGGUCAUUUGUAUCAAAUAAAAUUAUGACGACAUCAGUAUCCCACGAAAACUUCAGUCAUAAUUACUGUACUUUUUCUCAUCACAGAAAUUUCUUAGAAAAUAAUACUCAGGCUGAUGUAUAGUUUCUGAAGAUGAAUGGUGGGAGGUCGAGGAAUGUUAAGCUUAUUUUUAUUUUCAGUGAUUGCAACAGACUUGCGUCAAGUCAUAUACUGCAGACUGUCUGAAGCAAUUACACUGAUAUUAGCAAAGGUGCUGGGGCCUUGCAGUAUGGAUGGUUGUUUAGUAGAGUGCAAUGCUCUAUAAAUGCAGAAGUUUUUGUUUCAGCUUCAUCGUAAUUAAAAUGUCUUAUGUCUUGGGCAUGCAGUAAAGAAGCCAGCGAUAUUUUUAUUUUAAAUCACGAUAUUUACUUUCAAAACUCUGUUCGUGCUAAGGAAAACUGAAGUUCCAGUAGAAAACAAGAAGGAAGAGAGUUACUUGGUGAUCCAGUUAAUGCUAGGUCAAUCGUGAUGACUUUUUUUAACUCUAAAUCAUGCUAAAAUGUCCUUGGCAAACCUCAAACAAUACACUUGUUCCUUAUAAGACCUUCAGUUUGAAUAUCUGUUAUCUUGGCUCUAAAAAAUGGAAAAGUACUAGAAAUAUCAACAGAAAUCGAACUGUGGGUACAAGUGCGUUGUUUGCAACGAAAUCAUUUUUCUAAAAAUGCGAGCCUUGCUCUCGACUUUUUGUCACCUAAAGUAACUGUUUUCCGGAAGAAAAAUGUAUUAUCCAUUGAGGUAAGUUGGAUAUUAAUUUGUUUUACAGUUCUAAUUAACAACAUAAUGUGGUAAAAACUAAUAAAUUUAGUCUCGACCAACUAAAUCAAUUUGCUCUUUGUGUCAGGCUCAUUUCAGUUCGGCGACCAUGAUGAAAAAUCAACGGGAUUGGUAACGCGUCCCCACCAUCAGAAGUGUUACUGUUUUCCUUUUUUCCACAUUUAGAAAAUGGCUAACGGAGAUCAAUUACGUUCAUGAGUAACAGACGACCGUAAAGACAAUUAAGGACUGUCCCGGAAAUACGGACAAUCAGCGCACAAAUUUCAAACAAAUUAGAAUCCAAUGUUUGUACCAAAGUAUUCAUAGUUUACAUGAAACGAACGCGGCAUGACCAGAGGCAAGGUAAGGAUAAAGAUAAUUUGAUCAGGAAAUCAUAACAGUUACAAGAUGCUUCUAUUUUCGUAGGGGAGAGAGAUCCACACUACAUUAUUGAUACCUAAGCGAUCAGGCAUCGUCUGAAGGUAGAAGAUGCUAUUUCUUCAUCCAUUUGCUAAGAGACACGUCAUAAGUUUUCACAGUGUACCCAUGACAUAUAUCACAAAGGUGUCUCUGUUUAUUGGAGUUCUGUUAUGAAAUGACUCGUUCAUAAGAGAAUGUCAGGAUAAGAUUAGAUCAGGCUGUCUUAUACUCCACAGUUUGAUAAAGAGUCAGGCUAAAAUAAUUCCUGUAUUUUUUUUACUAGUCGCUUUUAAUAACGUUUCAAGUUACGAAUUUAGCAGUACAAUUGAUUUGGAUGGCUAAUUGAAGGUAGGCUUAAAUGAUGAGGAAAUGAUGCUUGCAUUUGAAAAGAAAAGGUCAGGUUUAUGAGGGUGAAUCCAUGACAAGAAGCUGACGAAAAACCAUCAAUGAUAAUAUAAAACUUUGUGUAAGAUAAUGAUAAGAUAUUUUUAUGUAUUUGCAUUGCAAAGAAUAUUGUUAUUUCUGAUAGUCAGUAUUAAGCGCACCUUUUAAAGUGAGCAUGAUGAAUAGACAUCUCAUUGCCGUUUACGACUACAGUAUGCAUAGCACAACGUCUAGAUUAAUUAGAAGCGUGUAUUCUCGAGCAUAGAUCAUUCUUAUUAUCGUUAGUCACAGCGCACUUUCAUCUCAGGCUUUGUUACUUUGCCACUCUUGUGCAACAUUCUCACGCUCUCUCUCCUCUCCCCUACACUUGUCCAACUGGGGGCGUUGGCGUUCCUUUCACGUGUUCUCUACCUAUUGAACUGGUUACAUUUGCCAACCGUCCGGUUGGAAGAAGAUAUGAUAAAUGUGGAUAUAUCGGUGUUCUACAGCACAAAUAUGCCUUAGAAAUAAGUCAUUCACCAUUAUGAUAUCCUAAACUAAGUGUUCUGCAAUUGUCAAGAAAGUUAACUUAUAAUUAGUCUGUAACUGCCCCUUUUCCUGUAAACAUACCACACCAGUCUGUUUGCAACUUUCCUUACCAACAAUUAUUUCUCUCACGGAAUCGCCGUUGUCAAAUCUCUAAAGAAUAGAUUCCAACGAAGCGUCCAUUGUGUGUUUCGGUGUUUCGAAAACAGUUGUCAUUCGAAUUUCAAAAUUUUGAAAAGCUUGUUUCGUCAGCAAACAGACCGACCUGCAAUGCCUCGGAUAAUCAUUCUUACAGGACAGCGCGAUUCCUUGCUACUCUGGUAUGGGGCGACUGUAAGCUUAUAACGAUGUUGUCUAUCAAAGUGACCAAUUGUAGAUGUAAUGAAUACAAAACCAAAAGUAUUACCUUCAAAAAUUAAGUAUGAUUAAUAGUUACUAUGUUGAUUUUACUGUAUUUUUUUUUAUUGAUUUUUUACUUCUUAAGGAUUUUUAAAAAGUUAUUGCUGUCAGUCAUGUCCAAGUUUUUAAAAAAUGUCCCCCUCCUGUUUUAGACAGAGAGCGUGGGACUUUUUUUUUCCCCAGUAGGUUUGACUUAGCAUUUAAUUAAGAUGUCAACCCGGUCAAUAUUUUGUGCUGCAACUGUUGUGAUUUUCCUGUCACCGGGAUUAUGGUAAGCUGAUUAAAGCUCCUUUAAAAUAAAAGUAAAGUUGGACAUUUCA